ACAGCAAGCAAAACGAAGAGAAGGAGAUGGCUAUGGCGGAAGACGAUUAUACAAAUGAUGGCACUAUGGACAUCCAUAAGAACCCUGCUAACAAGAGGAAGACUGGAAAUUGGAAGGCAUGCCGCUUUAUUCUUGGAAAUGAAUGCUGUGAAAGAUUGGCAUACUAUGGAAUGAGUACCAAUUUGGUGAACUAUCUUCAGAAACAACUCAGCAUGGGAAAUGCCGCGGCAGCAAAUAGUGUCACCAAUUGGUCUGGAACUUGCUAUGUCACACCAUUGUUAGGAGCCUUCCUAGCUGAUGCAUACCUGGGAAGAUAUUGGACAAUUGCAAUUUUUUCAAUUAUAUAUGCCUUUGGAAUGGCAUUCUUGUCUCUGACUGCAUCUAUCAAAGGACUAAAGCCAUCAUGCGACAGCUCUGGUUGCCAUGCAACUUCAUCACAAAGAGCAGCCUGUUUUGUAGCUCUUUACAUGAUUGCACUUGGUACUGGUGGAAUCAAGCCUUGCGUUUCAUCUUUUGGUGCUGAUCAAUUUGAUGAAACAGACGAUACUGAGAAGGAAAAAAAGAGCUCUUUCUUCAAUUGGUUUUAUAUGUCAAUCAACGUUGGUGCACUUAUUGCUUCCUCAGUUUUGGUCUAUAUACAAAUGAAUGUGGGAUGGGAUUGGGGUUUUGGGAUCCCAGCAGUAGCGAUGGUCAUAGCAGUUGUGUUCUUUUUCUUCGGUAGCCCAUUGUAUCGGCUUCAGAAACCUGGAGGGAGUCCCCUCACAAGGAUUCUUCAGGUCAUUGUUGCAUCCUGCAGGAAUUUCAAUGUAAAAGUCCCAGAUGACAAGUCUCUUCUUCAUGAAACGACAGAUGCUGAGAGUAGUAUCCAAGGCAGCCGCAAGCUUGAGCACACAGACAAGUUAAGUUUCUUUGACAAGGCUGCAGUGGAGGACCUGAAGAACUUGGAAAAUCCAUGGAAAAUUUGCACUGUUACUCAAGUAGAGGAGCUCAAGGCCAUUCUCCGGUUGCUUCCAGUAUGGGCAUCUGGGAUAGUCUUUGCUGCAGUAUACAGUCAAAUGAGCACAAUGUUUGUUUUGCAAGGCAACACAAUGGAUCAACAUAUGGGCCCUAAUUUCAAAAUUCCAUCAGCAUCUCUUUCCCUCUUUGACACAGUCAGUGUUCUCAUCUGGGCUCCUAUAUAUGACCUAGUCAUUGUCCCAUCUGCAAGGAAAUUCACCGGUCACCCUAGAGGUUUCACUCAGCUACAAAGAAUGGGCAUUGGCCUUCUCAUAUCAGUAUUUUCCAUGGUUGUUGCUGGGAUUUUGGAGAUUGUUCGGCUCCGGAAUGUGCAGGAGAACAACUAUUAUGACCGUGAAUACAUCCCCAUGACAAUAUUUUGGCAAGUUCCACAGUACUUCCUUAUUGGAUGUGCAGAGGUUUUCACAUUCAUUGGACAGUUGGAGUUUUUCUAUGACCAGGCACCUGAUGCUAUGAGAAGCUUGUGCUCUGCACUCUCACUCACCACAAUUGCAUUGGGAAAUUACCUCAGCACUCUGCUUGUUACCAUUGUAACUAAAGUUACCACAAGUAAUGGGAAGCUUGGUUGGAUUCCAGAUAACUUGAACAGGGGGCAUCUUGACUAUUAUUACUGGGUGUUGACUCUUCUCAGCAUCGUUAACUUCAUUGUGUAUCUCUUCGUUGCUAAGUGGUAUACCUACAAGAAAACAGUGGAUCAUUGAAUUGAUACAAAACAUAAGAGAAGGACUGGUACCUGUGAAUCUGCUAGCUAGUCUGCUAUUGUAGUUUGUGUUUGUGUUAUUUAAAGUUUGCUACUGAAAAAUAUGGUUAGGGAUUUGUGGUGUUAAUUUGGAAAUAGAUUAUGGUGGUUUCUUAGUUGUCUCAAACUAUUUAGUUUGAUUUCAUAUGUGCAUAAUGUUCAAAACUUGCAUUGUUGAUUGUUCUUUGCUCUUCGC